GAAUUGGUGCCGAAAGGAAACUGUGUCUGGUCUUGGAGAAGGGGGUGGUGAGGCCGGAGCAGAGGGCAGCAGGCCACGGAGCGUACGGAUCAACGAGUGGGCCAUGGGUCACUGGGCAAUGCUUUGGGGGCUCCUCUGGGCUCUCUCCUCAGUAGCUGUGAACGCCUCAGAAAUCGAAGGCCUCCUGUUGGAUAAACUCUUCGAGAAUUACACGUCGACGGUCCGUCCAGCCCACAGCAUCACUGACAGGGUCCCCGUAAGGAUCGGCAUGUCUCUCUCACAGCUCAUCAGCCUGGAUGAAAAAAAUGAAGAAUUGACUACAAAAGUCUACAUGGAUCUGACAUGGACGGACUAUCGCCUCACCUGGGAUCCUACCCACUACCAAGGAAUCACCUCCAUCCGGAUUUUUUCUGAAAACGUCUGGCGCCCGGAUAUCGUUCUUUUGAACAACAAUGACGGUACCUUUGAUAUUGCUUUGGCGGUGAAUGUUUUAGUGAGUCACGACGGAAUCGUCCAGUGGCAACCACCGGCCAUCUACAGGAGCAGCUGCAGUAUCCAGGUCACCUACUUCCCCUUUGACUGGCAGAACUGCACGAUGGUCUUCCGCUCGUACACUUACGACUCCUCUGAGGUCAACCUUCUGCACCCACUCAAAGAGGACGGGGAGGAGCUGAAGGAAAUCGUCAUACACGAGAGCACAUUUAUCGACAAUGGACAGUGGGAAAUCCAGCACAAGCCAUCCCGCAAAAAUACCAUCCCCGGAGACCCGCUGUACGAGGACAUCACUUUCUACCUCAUCAUCCGUCGCAAGCCCCUUUUCUACCUCAUCAACGUCAUCAUCCCUUGCAUCCUGAUCACAAUCUUGGCCAUCUUCGUCUUCUACCUCCCACCGGAUGCCGGAGAAAAAAUGACCCUCUCCAUCUUUGCGCUGCUCACCCUGACCGUUUUCCUGCUCCUGCUGGCCGACAAAGUGCCAGAGACGUCCCUGGCCGUGCCCAUCAUCGUCAAGUACCUCAUGUUCACCAUGAUCCUGGUGACCUUCUCAGUCAUCCUCAGCGUGGUGGACCUCAACCUCCACCACCGCUCCCCCAACACCCAUGAGAUGCCCUUCUGGGUGAGGCAGAUUUUUAUCCACAAGCUCCCCCGAUAUCUUGGCCUGCGGCGCCCAAAGGUGGAACCCGCCCUCAACCCCCCGCCCCCCAAGCAGGAGGUCACCGUGAAAAACAACCGCCGCACGGACGAAUAUUUUAUCCGGGCCCCCACCUACGACUUCCUCUUUCCCAAGCCUAACAGGUUUCAACCGGAGGCCUUCAGCCUGGACAUGAAGAAAUUCAUUGAGGGCCCCAGCCACUGCCUUGCCCUCCCACCAGACCUGAAGUCAGCGAUCAACGCCAUCACGUACAUUGCCGAGCAACUGCAGGAACAGGAUGACUACAGUGCACUGAAAGAAGACUGGGAAUAUGUGGCUAUCGUAGUGGACCGCCUCUUCUUUUGGAUCUUCAUCAUUUUCACCACGAUCGGCACCCUCAGCAUCUUCCUGGAUGCCAGCUUCCAUCUACCCCCUGAGCAUCCCUUCCCGUGAGCCCUCUCUUCCUCCGCCCUGAAGGAUUCUGUCUCUUGCUUUGGCAUCAAAGACCCGCCAACGGAGCCACGAGGCCGGGAGCUUUCCCAGACAACAUGCAUUUGGUUUACUGGGAGGCUUUACUGCGAGUUCCAAGUUGCCCCAAAAAACCGACGCAAAAAGUGGUUGGUUUUUUUACCCCAUUUAUACAUCAGGCUACACUCUAACACGCAGUGAAAAACCCAAAUUGUAUGUGAUGUGCUCCCCAACAACUCACAGGGACUUUGGGGUAAAUUUGGCCAACACAUGAAUGCACACCUCCAUUCCAGAGGAGACGCGA